CCCUGAUACAAACCCCGCCUGCUGCAGCAGAACAACCUGUAUACACUCUGCAUGUCUUGUUCAAACAAGCCAGCUUUUUAUUAACUCAGAUUGGGAAGGGUAGUGAAGGGCAGAAUGUUGGUGACUGGAAUUCCUGUGUCAAAACGUUUUUGCAGCCAUUUUCUUUUCUGAAGCCUGAGGAUCUGAGGGGCAGGCUGGUUGUGGUGUGACUGAGUGUCACCUUACAUCCGGCAGUCAGUCUGUGAGGGCUGGCAACACGGUAGUAAACUGUGGGGCGGCAACAUUGAAUGGACAGACUAUGGGGUCAGAUGAGGCUUACAAUUUUGUCUUUAAGGUGGUUUUGAUAGGAGAAUCUGGUGUAGGAAAGAGCAAUCUGCUCUCCCGUUUCACCAAAAAUGAGUUCAGCCAUGACAGUCGCACUACCAUCGGGGUGGAGUUCAGCACACGGACAGUGCAGCUCAGCGGCUUCACCAUCAAGGCCCAGAUCUGGGACACGGCCGGGCUGGAACGAUACCGGGCCAUCACUUCUGCGUAUUACAGAGGUGCUGUGGGAGCCCUUCUGGUCUAUGACAUAACAAAACACCUCACGUAUGAGAGCGUGGAGCGCUGGCUGAAGGAGCUGUACGACCACGCUGACCCCCACAUCGUGGUCAUGCUGGUGGGCAACAAGACUGACCUGGAGUCAGAAAGAUCUGUGCCCAACGAGGAGGCCAAAGACUUUGCAGAAAAGAAUGGUCUUUUGUUUCUGGAGACCUCUGCUUUGGAGUCAACUAAUGUGGAAGCAGCUUUCAACAGUGUCCUAGCAGCGAUUCAUAAAAAGGUGAGCAGUAAGGAAGUGGUCCGUGGCUCUAUCAGUGCUGUAUCCUUAAACAGCUCCAAAGCAGAAAACACAGAGGAGAAGAAGCCCUGCUGCAGGAACAUCUGAUCACGAAGACCUUCAGGAGCCCAGGGGCCUCAGGGUGAAUUACUGCUUCCACCCACAACCCUGUACUAGAACUGAGUGAGAGGCGGGCCACACAGAAACAGUGGGUGCCAAUUUUAUCGGCCCUUUCUUAUGUGAUGCCACUUUGAAAUGACUGAUUUACAAGUUGUACAAGCUGCAUGGUGGGAUGAUGCAUUCAAAAGAUGAUUCAUAUUAAAUGUGAAUGAAUGUACGUGGAGACCAACAUCUAUCUUUUAGGAGUCCUUGCUGACUAUUGAACAUAGGUCAAAAGUAAAACACUUUACCGUGUUAGCUGUAAGAUGAUAUAUUUAUAAUCCAUGCACGGAAUUGGAGGAACGUAUGCAUCAUUGCAUGUAUGAUGUUUUAAAUUUAAGUGACACAUGACUGUUGUUUUCUUAAAAUCAACCGUUUAGUUGGUGGUACGUAUGUAUGGACUAUGAGUGUUUCUGUUACUGCUGUGCAUGUGCUCCAGCAUAUGAUCUAGGAUGAGUCUGAUAUCAUUUCUGUUGAGAAAUAAACAAUUUAUGGAGACAAUGA